CGUCGUCGUCGACGCCGCCGUCGGCUCAGCGAACAGCCAGGCGGAACAGCACGCGAGACAGCGACGCGGCCCUGCGCCAAGCGGCGGGUGGACGCGCUGGCGCCGCCGUAACGCCUGCACAGGGCGCCCGUCCCCCAAGCACCAGCCGCGCCGCGCUGGCGUUGCGGCAACGGUUCCGAUCUGCCCGCUUGGUCGCCCACAACCAGCGGUAUAAAGCCCAAAGAUCCCACGCUCAUGGAGCCUGUGCGUCUGCAUCGGCUCUCCCGACAUUGCCUUUUCUUCCUCGACCUCCCAGACCCUCUCAUCUCCUUGAUACUGCGCUUGCGCGUUCCAUCAUGCGUCUGGCAACCUCGCUCUCUGUUGCUCUGGCUCUUUUGGCAUCCAGCUGCCCGCGGCUGAGCUCGGUCCUGUUCUCGACCUCCCUUUCGGUUGCAGCCUCGCCGAUUCCGGUGUUUGCGGACUCGUUCCUCCCUCCUCCCAAUGGCGAUGAUAGCAUCCCUGCCUCCUCCAGCGGCGAUUCGGUCGGCUCUGUUCUGAACGAAGUCGUUGAUCCUCCUAUUCCUCCGCCUGAUUCAAAUCAGGUUAAUGUGGCCAACGGCGACGACUCGGUCCCUGCGCGCUCCUCUGAGCAAGUCUCGGAUAACGGCAACACCUCGAACUCUGAGCUCCAGAUUGGUGGAGUUAUCAACAUCAAUGACUUUGGCCUGUAAUACUUUCACUUACCAUCGGCUUGGUCGGAGGAUGGGUCAAUUCAAGCACCGUGCGAAUCGCUCCGUAUCUAUCGCUGCUUGUCCGUGAACAAGCAAGUGGAUACGAUCAGUGGGCUGCUGGCAAUUCCUCUUGGGGCCUCCACGGGUUUACAGCGUUCCCGAAACGAAACGGGGCACCCGUUUUGAGCCAUGGCUGAUGUUGUUUGCUGGGAACCUGAAUACAUCCACCCACUCAUUGCCAUCA